CCUCUCCCUGGAUUCGUACGAGUCACCAGCGCAGGGCCACAAACGGCCCUGCGCUUGUCCUGUAAUCUUUAUUCUUUUUUCAUUCGAUCUUAUAAUCGCGAGAACUUUUUACCGCGAAAUAGGAAAACAAGGCGAAGAUGUCGCGGGCUCGUCGUUUCACCACGCUUGUACGACUUGUUGUACCAGCGACGGCACUGUUCGCCGCGCGGUUGCAGAAACUCUCGCCCCUCGCGGUCUGGUCAUUUGCCACGACUACUUCUUUGCUCCUUCCCCGCGUCGCGGCAACGAAAUCGAAAACACGAGCAACCGCCUCGACAACCGAGGAAGCCGAGAAUUUCGACGCUCUGCUGAAGUUUCUGGAUACGAUGAGCAAGGAAAUCGAUGCGGAGAUCGACCAGACAGAGCAGCUCGUGAAGAAGAAGGAGUGCUUUUGCAAGAAAGAACAAGAGCGGCUCGGUGUGCGGUUGAAAGAAGAAAGAGACGAAAAGAUUCCGGUACUGCAGGCUGAGCUGAAGGAGACGCUCGGGACGCUGGGUCAGCUCAAGAUCGAGAUCCCGGUAUGCGAAGUGAAAUACUGUCGUCCAUGAGAAGUAGAUGACCAGCUCUAUCUGCGAAUUAUGUGCGUGUUCAAAUAGGAGAGAUUACAUAGAUACACCACGCGAUUUGUUGUCAUGUGUUUUUGUACGUGUUUUAUCCACCAUUCAAUCAUCGCAAAAGCGCCGCUGAUGUUGUCAUGUGACGGCGAUUUGACUUCGGAUACCGAGAACUGGAAGAGAAGGUGAAAGACUUACAGACUGAGAAGAAUACGACCAUCACGACGCGGGAAGAGGAAAAAAAGCAAUUUACCAUGGACGAAAAAAAUUUAAACACCUUGAUCCAGACCUGCACAGAAGCGAUCAAGGUUUUGGGGAAAAAAGAAAAAGCUGAAAACAGAGCAGCGGACGACCAGAAGGAAGCGACUGGGGAACAGGAAGUUGCGAAAAGUGCGUUAUUAUCAGUGCAAAAAGCGCUCUUGCAAGGUCAACAUAGCGAUCAAAGAUUAAUAUUUCGGGCAUCAAAAACAGCAGGGAGACCACUUUAUUCAGAAGCCAGCCAGCAACUGCUGCAACAGUCCGCAACCGCUGCUGCACUGGCGAAGAACUCCGACCGAAUACUGGGUAUCAAAUGCAAAAAUGUCUGGGUCUGGAAGAUUGCGAGAUUUGUCAUGCUUGUCUGGCAUGACCAAAAAGUUUGUGAUGCGUGUCCAAGAAGAGACCCUUUUGCCUGUCAUGCACAAACGCAGUUUGUCAUGCGAAAUACGCAACACAAGGAAGCGCAGAUAUUUCUCAUGCUUGCCUAUGCAUUACAGAGCAUUCACUAUUCCCAACGCAGCAUUACAAGUUUCCAGACCCAGACAUUUUUGCAUUUGAUACUGGGAAUGCUGAAGCAAAUGCGGGACAACGCGGAGACCGAGUUGGCCGAGGCGACGGGUAUCAAAUGCAAAUAUGUCUGGGUCUGGAAGAGUCUAAACUUGUGAUGCUGUCUCUGGAUUGGAAAAAGAUUUCUAUUGCAUGACCAGGAAGAGGAGUAGAUUUUGUGCUCCGCGGAGAUGGCAUUUGUCAUGCGGAAUAGGUAUGAGGAAGCGCUCUAAAAAUCUGUGAUGCUACGGCAUGCAUCACAGAUACAUGGCCUUUUGUUCGUUCCCUUCUGCAUUUUUGUCCUUGCUCCCCGAAAGGGGAUUUCCUGUGGGGGGGGGUGCGGGAAGUCAGAAAACAAAUGGCACGAAAGACGCCUGCUAGCGAGCUGAUCAAGAUAAGUAAACUAUUUGACUGUGAUGCCAUGGAAAGGCGUGGCAUUAGUACGACGCCAGUUCCCCCUGCUAGGGGCGAUCGCAGGGUAGUUCUAAUUUGUGCGGGCUGUGUGUAAUGCGGUGGUGCGAUACAAACUACAACAGAGAAAAAGAUCAAGCUCGGGCCGCGCGCGAUGCUCAUCCCAUUCGUUUUUUCCGACGAAUCACUUCCUUCACCAGGGCCUUGCUCAACCCUGGACCAGAACGAGUAGGACAGAGGACCCCAGAGGUAGGCACUGUAGCGGAAAGUUGGAGCAAAACUAAUUUUUUUUGAAAACGAACCCAAUAGGAGCCGACCUGCGUGGAUGGUUACAAAACAGGUAGCUUGACCCCAAAUGGCAAUGAUCAUUGGGAGCAGCAGAGCGCAGCAGGACCCCGGGACUGCAACAGCUCACCCCUGUUUUAACUUAGACAUACGCAGUGCACCGAGUAUGCCACUACCUCGACCCCUCAAGAAAAGAAGUAGCCCCCCCAACUACAAACUCGCCGUCCGCGAUCAGGAUCCCAUGCGUACUAACCAACAUUGUGCGAACCGAGAUCCCGCGGGGCACAGGGUCUGGGCGGCUCGAAGCAGAACGCGCAGCACAAGCGGGAGACAACACAUCCAAAGGUGGGGAUGGUCUCAGGUCGUUCAGGUCCGCCAAGGGUUGCGUCUCGCUAUCAGGGUUUCGCCAACUCCGCGGGGGCGUUGCGGGUAUUUCCCUAAAACACCAAAACCGGCACAAAUUGGGCCGGCAGUCCGGGUAAUUGCUCACCAGCCGGUUUGUAUGACGAAGAAGGUGCUCGACGAAGGAAGAAGUAAGCAUGUAAUUAGCACCUCCGGUUGGUAGAGCGAUCGGCUACCGAGGCACGUCAGGGUGGCGUCGCUACUUCAAUUCAAUUCAAUGGAAAAUAUGCAUGACAAAUCUAGAAAUCUUCCAGACCCAGACAUUUUUACUCUUGAUAGCGGGAGCGGAGAAGCAAAAAGCUGCAUCCACGGCGAAGCUCUUGAGGGCGAAGAACCAGGAACUGAACGCGCUGCAGCAGCAACUAGACGAAAAGAAGGCGAAGUUUUCGGAUUUGAAGGACGACGAGGGGCAGGCGUUUGAGGAGUUGGAGAAUUCGAAAAAAUCAGUAGCGCUGGUGGAGGAAAAUUUACUUGCAAUCAAAACCGACUGCGAUAGUUCCUUAACCGAUUUGAACGAACAGAAGAACAAUUUGUCGUCCGAGCAGGAGUCGUCUCAAGUGCAAAUAUGUCUGGGUCUGGAAGAAUGCAACUUGUGACGCUGCAUUUGGAUUCCAAAAAAAUUUGUAUUGCAUGAGCAGCAAAGGGAAUGCAAUUUUUGCUAUGCGGAGAAAGCAUUUGUCGUGCGGAAUAGGCAGCAAGAACCCCCUCAAAAAAUAUGUGACGCUACGGCAUGCAUCACAGACAUCAUGGAUCAUGCAAAACGUGCAUGACAUCUUCCAGACCCAGACAUAUUUGCAAUUGAUAAGUCGCUUUCAAACGCAGUGAAGAUCCUUGAGGCGGACGAGAUCGAGAAGCAACGGAAGCGCGCUUUGUUUCUCCAGAAACAGAAGAGGUUGAUGGACGAGAAGGAAAGAGAACAACGAGUUAUCGACGCGGAGAUUGAAAAGCGGAGGAGACUGAUCGUCGAAAAAGAAGAGAAGGACGACGCGGCGGCGGAAAGAGAUGAGGAAAGGCGCACAGGAGAUUUGAAAAAAGAGCAAGCGAGCUCGGACAUCAUGCUGAAUGAUUUCGUGGAGAGUGAGAUCACGACGACUUCUGCGGCUGGAGGCGAGAGCGAAGGAAGAACAGGUAGAAGCAGUACUUCUAGCGAUUCCUUCGUGCUGUCCGCUGCUGUGACAAAAAAGUUUGCGUCCGCCAACGCGCUGGCUGACGCCGUGGUUGCGCAAGCGGUUGCGGAAGGAGGUGCGGGAACCGGGGUCGUAUUGUCGCGGAAAAAUGAGAAUGCGAAAGGUCUUCAGGCGUUGCAGGAGAAAGAUGAGAUCGACCACGACACGACCCAACUCGCCUUCAAACACGUAGAUGAAACUCUUUCUGCAGGAGGGCAAAAGAACCGUUUGGGCCGGAGAGCUGUCCGGAGCGGGAAUGACAAGAAGCCACUCUUGCAUCACAAGAGGGGAGGUAAAAACACGCAUAAGGACCACAUGCAAGCAUCCUCUGGCUCAAAGAAGACAAAGAAGAAUCUGCAGAAGAAGACAUCACAAGGCAAAAAUAAAUCUGCUCCCUCUAGUAGUAUUUCUGUGAACAAGAAGAUUAUGAAGUACGACACGAAGAGCCACCGGUUCGUCACGUCCUUCUUGCAAACGAGACAACAAGAAGCGCAAACGAAAGCGGGAACUACAAUUACCUCUUUGCACGAGAUGAAUGCCAUGGUGGACGACAUUAUGAAAGUCCCCAUCCAGAAGAAAAAGAAGAAGCAAAACGAGUUCCAGGAGGUGAUUGCUGCGAGUGAGGUGAUGGCGGAGCAGGUGAACAAAGACCAGCAGCAGCACGAGAAAGAGAAGGAUAGGUGUGAAACCAGCCUGAGAAGUUUGAAGCAAGAAACGGAAAAGAAGCAACUUCUCGUGAAGAACGAAUUCGAAGCGAAGAUCGAGCUUUUGGGGGCGAAAUUUUCCAAGUUGAAGGAGAAAUCCGCCGAUAAGAAGCAGGAACUAGCGGAGCUGAAAGAGGAAAUCAAAGAAUUGGAGGAGGACCGUCUCGCCGAAAACGAGGAGUUUCUGAACGAAGUGGCAAAACAGGCGACCAUGACGCGGGCACUUCGGAAAGCGAUUGCGGCUUUAAAGCAGGCGAAAACAGGCUCGAAGAAAAAUAUUAAACGAAGCAAAUCAAAUACCAGGAGCAAAGCCACCAAACCGCUGGAAGAGCUGCUGGCAAAAACGGAAAAGAAGAUCCAAUCUCUGCAGGUGUUAGAGGAGGGAACCGAGAAAAAAUUUUCGCACGAAAAGUCGAAGGCGGAAGAAGUUUUGAAAGAAGUGAAAAAAGUAUCCAAGAAAAAAACUGUGUUAGUGUAACUUUCUUUGUCUGACAGCAUCACAAAUUUGCUCUACAUGACAGAGAAAACCUGUCAUGCGUGGCUUGUAAGGGAAAAUACACAUGAAAAAAGGACUUCAUGGCUGUGUGGCAUGACAGGUGUAACUCUGUUGCAUGUUUUGCAUUAAAGAGUUACACUUACACAGUUUUUGUCUUGCAUAAAAGGAGAAUGCGGACCUGAAAGCGGCGAAGUCCAGGCUGGAGGAGGAGAAGGAGGCGAAUAUUGUGAGGAAAAAUCCCCCCUCCCCAUAUCGAAAGCGGAAUUUGUGUUGCUGUAUUUGAGUACACAAAUCACAUCUGUCUUGCUAGAGAGGACUGCAGACCCAUAUCAAGCCUGAGCAGAGAUGCUUUGACUUAGGCGCUUAGCAUGAGAAGCGUCCGUGAUGUUGGCUCAACAGCAUGACAAACCGCCUCCAUAAUGGGACGGAAGCUGCUGCCCUUGUCUUCUUGCAACACAAACGUGAUUUGUGACCUCAAAUCAGCAACACAAAUUUUCGAAAACCUACCUCUUCAAUAUGGGGAGGGGGGAUUUUUCCUUGCGAUAGCGAAGGAGAAGGAAUUAGAACUGGCGCAGCAAGAAUUGGAAACGUUAGAAAAAGAGCUACAGGAAACGCAGAAGUCGUGUGCGAAAAUUCUGAUAUCCUUCGACGAGAAGACGAACGAAAGGAAAAACGAGGUGGAAGGGCUAAAAGCGGUGGGGAGGAUUCUUGCGAAUGGUGGGGGAAAGUGAGAGCAAAUAAUUUUCAACCAAAUUUAUUUUUCAUACUGUUUCAAGCUGACUACAAUUCAAGUUUCUGUUUUUU